GAGACUUGGUUCUUUCUCGUCUCGUUUUUUAGAUUGGUGAAGGUGAAGUCUCCAAGAUCAUCAUGGGGACGAAAUCGAAAUCGAAGAGGAAGAUGAUGAUCGUGAUCAUGGUGUUGUUGGUUACGAUGAUGAUGAUGAUGAUGUUUGUUGCGGAUGCUGGAAGUGAUACAAAUGGUGUGUUUGAUCCUUGCUCAGAUGCAACAAUCCAAAGAUGGGACGGUUUUACAUUUGGUCUUGCGUUUUCAACCAAAGACUCGUUCUUUUCCAAUCAGACUCAACUUUCGCCCUGUGAUAAGCGUCUAUCUCUCUCAACUGCACAACUUGCUCUCUUUCGACCCAAAGUCGAUGAGAUCUCUCUCCUUUCCAUCAACAGUAGCAACUUCAAUCCGGCCAGGGCAGGCGGGUACAUGGUGGCAUUUGCUGGACGCAAGUAUGCAGCAAGAUCACCCCCAAUAUUGGUUGCUGAUGACUCGAAUACCAUAACUAGUUUCACCUUGGUACUUGAAUUCGACAGGGGUAUUCUUCAAAACUUGUACUGGAAGAAAUUUGGGUGCAAAGCAUGCUCUGGGGAUUACUCUGUCUGCCUUAAUGGUGAGGACUGUGCUGUACCAAAUUCAAAAUGCAAAAGCAAUGGUGGGAGUUUUGACUGCAAUCUGAGCAUACAGUUAACCUUCUCAGGAACAGACAAACAUCUUCAAGUUCUUAACUCAUGGUAUGAGGUGAAAAAAUUACAAAGUUACUCGCUCUACAGCCUAUUCAAGGAUUUUCUGAUAUGACCAACCCGCUGGUAAUGAAAGGUAAGAUUGUGCUAGUAUUAGGAGGGAAAAUUCUUCCUAACGGAAGCCUAUACUGAAGUAUGUAAUUAUAUUCAGUGAAGAGUUAUGCAGAUCAUGAAUGGUACUUACAUAGCACAUUACAGGCUGAUUACAUUAUGUUAACAAA